AGGUUGGUUCCGUACAGUGUAGACCCAUUAACCUCUGUACUCGAAGAUGCCGAAUUCCGGAGCAAAACUCUUCCAACCUAUUCGUGUUGGCAACAUGUCGCUCACGCAUCGUGUUGUGCUUGCGCCUCUGACACGCUAUCGCGCCACCGAAGCGCACGUACCGACAGAUAUUAUGGCAGAAUACUAUGCACAGCGAGCGAGUGUUCCAGGAACGUUGCUUAUCACUGAAGCAACUUUUAUUGCUGCGAAGGCGGGUGGAUACGAACAGGUACCUGGAAUUUGGAGUGAUGAACAGGUCGAAGGAUGGAAGAAGGUAGUCGAUGCCGUACAUGCACAAGGAUCGUACAUUUAUUUACAGAUGUGGGCGAUCGGUCGUGCAGCUUUGCCUGAUGUCCUUGCUCAGCCUGACGGUCCGAGAAACCCUGGUGGACCGCAUCCGUACAUCUCAGCGUCUGACAUACCACUUUCCACAAGAAAGGAUGGACCAAAUCCACGACCACUCAAUCACGAGGAGAUACUUGAAUAUAUCGAGCUGUACGGCCAGGCAGCACAUAAUGCCGUGCACCGUGCAGGUUUUGAUGGUGUUGAGAUACAUGGAGCACAUGGGUACCUUGUUGACCAGUUCCUGCAAGACGUAUCGAAUAAACGUACAGACCAGUGGGGAGGCGGUAUUGAGAACAGGGUGAGGUUUGCACUUGAGGUAAUCAAAAGCGUCGUCAACGAAGUUGGAGAAGAACGAACUGGCAUUCGGCUCAGUCCGUUCAGCCAAUUCCAAGAUAUGCACAUGGAUCAUCCACAACCGACCUUUGCACUUCUCGUUGCACGAAUCCGCGAAGCUUACCCGCGUUUCUCUUACAUCCAUAUUGUCGAGCCUCGCGUUAUGGGAAAAUUGGGAAAUGUAGAUCGUGAGCCUCUUGCGGGAGAGUCGAAUGACUUCUUGCGUGCGAUCUGGAAGGGUCCGAACAGCCUUACGAAUGGUUCAGUGUAUCUGGGUGCAGGUGGUCAUACGCCUGAGACGGCGUUGAAGGACGCAGAAGAUAAUGACCAGCUUAUCGUGUUCGGGAGGUAUUACAUCUCGAACCCGGACCUGCCUUCACGAAUAAGGAAGAAUAUCUCUCUAACGCCGUACGACCGGAAGACCUUCUAUGUUCCUGGAGAUCCAGUUGGUUACAUUGACUAUGCGUUUGCUGAUCCAGAGACAGAGGCAAACUUCAAAGCAAGAAGAGGUGAACAGACCCGGGCGUCCUUGUAGAGAACAGGUCACAUAGAUUCGCCAUAGCAAGGUAAGUCCCUGGUAGUACAUAGACGCUUGUGCGGAAAAGCAAGCUUCCGCUCUAGCAUUUCAUCUUUGAAAUAGAAGUGAAGUUGUAACAGUUUAGGAAAAU